AUGUCCUCCAGGGGUAUGUCCUCGCUGGCCUUGUGUCUAUCUGCAGAUUUCCCUGAAACCCCCUCUCACCUUGCAUCCACUGAUGCAGAAUGGGGAGUCUUCCUGUACUUUGCCUACGGCAGCAACCUACUGAAGGAAAGGCUCCAGCUCAAGAACCCCUCCGCUUCCAUCCACUGUGUGGCCAGGCUCAAGGACUACAAGCUGAUAUUUGGGAACUACAAGGGUCUGGCCAGUGACCGCUGGCAUGGGGGUGUGGCGACCAUCGAGAACAGCCCAGCGGACGAGGUGUGGGGAYUGGUAUGGAGGAUGAACGUGGCCGACCUCGAGUCUCUAGACAGCCAGGAGAACGUGAGACUAUGGGCCUACAGCCCUGUAGAGGUUAACAUGAAGACUCGGGACCAAGAGCUCAACUGUCGCACCUACAUCAUGAACAGCUGUAUUUACGCUCCACCAUCUCCACAGUACCUCAAGGAGACACAACUCCUUUUACACGCCCCCCCCCUCUCUCUCAUUCUCUCUCUCACACACUGUCUUACUUUCUCAAUCUAGUUAUAUCUCUUUUAUUCCAAAUACAUUUAAGAACAUGGACUUGACACUGAACCCUGUAAGAAGUUAGGGACCUUACAAAGUGUAGAGAGGAACGUUGUUAUUGAAACUGGUGCUCUCCAUUGAUAUACAGUGGGACAAUGAAGAGAAAUGCAGAAAGUUGUCUCUGAAAAGGUAUUUACCAACAAAUGCUUUUUCAAAUGAAUUGUAAUAAAACAAUAUACUCUAUAUGGUCAAAUUCAUAACCAAAACAACAGCAAAUCAAACACCCACAUGUAACGCAUUGGAAAAAGGAAUUCACACAUCACUCAUCACUUGUGGAUGACAGUGUGGGUGACAUCAUCCUCUUGAAUGAGUCUCUGUCACUCACUCACUGUGGUGGCAAAAAUAGCAGUGUUUUGGUGUUUUUUCUGGCGUUUGCCACUGACAGCUCCCAGAUGGCUUUGUGUUGAAAAGACAACAGGGAAAGAGCAGCAAACUAGGUCAAUAAUUUUUUUGACUAUUCACUCACAGCCCCUCUCCAAAAUAAAACCCUCUCUGAAGCAUCUGGAACGCUACAUUCCAGGUUCAUAUUCUGGCUGUCACAAGAACACAGGAUUCUUUACAUUUUUUAUUUAGUAUAUAUCCAUCAAUUCAUUCAGGAUUUACCCAAUCUCAUGCACUGUAUUGGACAAUGUGAACAGUUACUAAACUGUGUUUCCAGAUGGUUCAUUGCACAUCUAAAAGCUCUAGCUAAAUAAUCAAAGUGGUCGGAGAAAAACAGCCAGCGAAUGUAACAGGCUUUGUGACCACGGAAGCUUUGUGCAGUGCUCUGUCGUGUGUGUACCAGACUCAUACCGUUGAGCUGAGUGCAUUGUUCCUCUGUUAUGUUGCGUGUUCUGUGUGGUGUGUGUUUCGAUGGGUACAGUAUUUGAGAUACACACAUUCUUGGGGCAGUUACUAUAGGAUAAGGGUAGUUGCUAUUCAUGUUCUGGAUUGUAAUGGUCAUUUAUUUGUCGUUAGAUAACAGAAAAUAGUGACUGUCUGAUUAAUAUGGUUUAACUUCUGUUUAAAUUAUAAAUGUUUUAUGUUGAUUGUUCUCUGGUUGCGCCAGGUGAUUUUAAUGGGGGCGGAGCAGAAUGGCUUGCCGAAGAACUACCAGGAAAAGCUGAGGUCCAUCGAGACCAACAAGUUUGAGGGCCCACUGCCUGUCAUGGCUGAGCUGGAGCGGAUUAUGAAAAGAGACAAGGAGAGAGCCAACCACUGAUCUGACGCUUAACAACACCUUGCACAAACUGCCAUGUUUAGGAACUCAACUCCUGGUAGGACAAUAGAAGUUUGCUUCAACGUCUUCCAUUGUCCUACCAAGAGUUGCGGAAUAUCUUCUCAUCUCCAGUUUACUCCACUGUUUAUGCACCUUGGUUCGAAAGCAAGGUAGCGACAGCAUUUAUUUUUCUCUAGGAACUCAAACCUGCCUAGAGAGAACUGUGUUCACUAACCCACUGGUUAGAGAAACCCUCAACAUUACAUCUAUAAGUCCUCUUCAGGAAUAGUUAUUUACUGACAAAUAACAAUGAUGAUGAUGACAAUGAGCAUCCCUCAGACUGUAUAGGGAUUGAAUGUAGAAUAAGAUCAU